CUGCUAUGCUCCUGCGACGUCGCACUAACACCACCGUCUCCUCGCUCACGCUCACGCACAGACGUCAUCCUGAGCACGGCUCACAAGGCCAAGGGUCUCGAAUUCGUCACCGUGCGACUCAUGGACGACUUCCUAGCCGAAGCGAAGAACGGCAUCGUGUCUCAGCACGACGCGAACAACGGGGGCCACGACUACGAAUUCAACCUGGACUUUAAUGAGGAUGAGAUCAACCUCCUGUAUGUCGCCGUGACGCGAGCAAAGCGCCAUCUGGUGAUGUCGCCGCUCCUCAUGACGCUACUCAGCCAAAAGUGUCAGGAGAAGUUUGUGUACCCUGUGUGCACGGGGAUCCCACGCGAGGCUACACGUGCCAAUGCUACCGGCUCUGCCGUCCAGGGUAGGUCUGCGGACCUGCUCGCCGAAGCCUUGGGAAGGUCACCGGUGAAGGUCGCGGCGGUGGAGGCGGUGGCGGCGUCGACGCGGGACUGCUGUGAGUGUAAGCAGCAGUUCACCCCGCGUAGCGUCACGUUCAUACGUCACACGCUGCGUCUGUUUCACGGUAAUACUAUAGAAGGUGGCUACAUGUGCAAGGGGUGUGCCGGCAGGCGCCUACAUCCGAGCGUCCUCACACUAGGUGGCGCUACUGUUGUUCAGCGAGCGGCGGCGAGAAUGACCGCCGUUGAAUAUUGACAUGCUC